AUGACAUCCGUAAUCGGCGACUUUGAACGAGCUGGUAGGGAGGAAAAGUUCAAAAAGCAGCAGCAACAUCAAUCACGCUCUCAACUCUCCAGUCCAUCAAAUGUCGUUUUUUCUCUAGAAAAAAGUGUUAUUUUAGUCAAAAACUUUUCUAAUUCCUGUUUUCCCAGGGUUUCCAUGGAAACCCGUUCAUUUUUUUUUGAUUUUCACUCCAGAAUGGUACGCGGUGGUCCGCAACUACGCACCCGUAGCCCUCGCCCAUUGAUACUACAGAACCAAAUCAACAAGUGGAGAAACGAUGAGAGCUCGUCGAUUUCGUCAGCCGAUUCGGCGCUUGAAGAGCUUGCAUUUCUCCACUCGGCACCAGAUCGGCAAAAGAAUCAAAAAUGGGAAUGGUUGAGGCGAGAAGCGAGGAAUUUUGUGGAUGACGUCAUCAAUGCGUUCGAGACAGGGACACCCGGAGAACAUGCUGCCCAGCAGGAGACCGAAAAAUUGUCGGCCGUGCAGUUGAGGAAGGAUAUUAAGCGAUUUUAUUCCGCGGUCCAUCCCUACCUGGAAGUCUUUUCCGCCCUCUACGACAUCAUAAUGUGGAAGAAUCCCCUAUCCACCCUAUUGCUCAUCCUAACCAUCAUCUAUUCCCUCUACCGUGGAUGGCUCGCAACGUUGCUCUUGGCUUUAUUGAUCUUCCAAUUAUCGAUUAAUUAUCUUCACUCCGUCAAAAAUAUCGAUUUGGGAUGGAUGUUCCUGCCCAAGAAGCAGGUCAUCAUGCCCAAAUUUGACAUUUCCGGGGCCCAGUUGAUUUUUGAUAUCGCCAAGUUGGCCCAGAAACUGUUAAGACUGGCUACGAAUAUUCUGGAGAAGCUGGAAUCCCUGUUCCUCUGGAAGAAUCCAAAAGUGACACGUGUCUUUCUGAUUCUAUCGAUUUAUUGGUUCUUCUGGACCGUACUCUUCUCAACGGGCACUUGUAUUGGAUGGACCGUACUGGCAAUUGGCAUCCGUAUAUUUUUCACCACAUAUCUUUUCGAAAGAUUCCCAAAAUUGAAAUAUCGAUUUGACACUUAUGGCUAUUUCUACCGUAAUCUUCCAAUUCGAGGGAAUUUCGUUUCUACACCGAGAAGUCAACAAGCGGCAAGAGGUGGGCAAGGACAAGGACCUACACCGGCAAGUGCAAGAAGCGUCACUAGCACGAUUGCUCAGCAUAACUUGGAGAGAAUUCAUGGAGCACACAGCCAUCAGGAGCCAGAGGAGCGAUGUCACACUCCUAGCUCCAGGAGCCUAUCCGCAUUUGCCACCGGCGAGAAAUUCGAGUCCCGCCUAGGAUCAAACUUCAAUUUGGACCAAUCAGCGGCCGUGAAUUUGCUCCUGGGACCACACCACCGUAACCCUCAACACCCUGCACAUCAUCUACAGUAUGACUCGAGUCCUCAUUUGGACACACAUUCAGAAAACUUGGUGGAUUCUCCGAAUGCUGAAAAUAUUUCACUGCCUGGGGGAAUAAAUUUGGAAUUUGGAGGCGCAGGACCGUCUAGGAAUCCAAGUAUUGAAGAAAAUGAAGAGCUGGAGCACACCUCGGAGUGUGCUGACCCAAUUAUUGAUAAUGUUAUUGCUUUCCGGAGUUGUGUGAUGAACGAAAAAGAGCGACUUUUUCCAAUGGGAAUCACACCGGGGAUACUGUACCUGACAGAUGCAGCACUCGUUUUUCGGGCUCGAAACCAGUCGGAUGAUAAGGAGCAGUUGAUGAUGCUUUUUCAUGAUUUAAAAGUCAUUAAAAAGACACAAUCACUCCGAUCAAUGUCGCUGAUCACUGGAACCCGUAAAAGCCUUGAAAUUCACAUGGAAGGCCGUCGUAAGCCGGUCCAAUUCAUGGGACUCGCGAAACGCGACGAUUUUGUCACACGGAUUCAACUGAUGUGUCGGAAUGCGUCGGCUGAUGUACAGUUCUCCGAAUAA